UCGCGGAAGGAGUGGGGAGGUGGGGGGGUGGGAAUGGAGCCUGGGUCUGCUGCCUCACCGUCUCCCCCAGCCUGUAGCUGCUGCCGUCCCGGGGGAGAGGGCAACCGGCGAGGAUGAGGGGCUGAGAGAGGGAGAGGGAGUGGGAGUGCAGCUCACACACAGACACACAUACAGAGAGAGAGAGGGAGAGAGACAGAGGGCCAUGUGCCUGCACCGGCUGGCAUUGUCCCCCGGACUCUCAGAGACCCAGGCACCUCAUCCCUGCUGCCGGGCUCCUGCCUGAGAUGCCCUUGCCCAGAGACAGGGGCACUGCCUGAUUCCAGCACCCCCCCACCACCAUCACCCUUUGGGAUUGGAGAUGGAUUCCAGCUCCUUGCUGAAAGACAGAGGCCGGGACAAGAGGCACGGGGAGCAUUUCAAGUGUAAAAGUUUGCCCAGCCUGAGCGGUUCGUGCCUGGGCGGCAGGGAGCCGGAGCUCAGUCCGACCAAGAGCAACUCCAUCGCCGCCUUCUCCUGCUCCUCGGCGGCGGUGGUACCCGGGAAGCCGGUGCCCGGUGCCCGGUGCAAGGGCCUGGCGAGCUCGGUGCUAGGUGACUCCCGGUGCUUCCUGCUGUGCAUGUGCUGCCUGACCUUCAUCCAGUCGCUGAUGGUGUCCGGCUACCUCAGCAGUGUCAUCACCACCAUGGAGAGGAGGUACAACCUGAAGAGCUCCGAGUCCGGCCUCCUGGUCAGCUGCUUCGACAUCGGCAGCUUGCUGGUGGUGGUCUUCAUCAGUUACUUCGGGGGCCGGGGUCACAGACCCCGCUGGCUGGCCGCCGGCGGCCUCCUGAUCGCGCUGGGGGCUGCCCUCUUCAGCCUGCCCCACUUCAUCUCCCCCCAGUACCAGAUCCAGGAGCUGAACACCUCCUCCUCCAACCAGGGGCUGUGCAGCAGCAGCGGCGCCACCAACAACAACAACAACAACAACAACACCGAGGGCUGUAUCACCAAGGACUCCUCCAGCCACCACCACUCGCUCUACGUGACCUUGUUCGUCUGUGCCCAGUUCCUCAUCGGUGUGGGCUCGACCCCCAUCUACACCCUGGGCCCCACUUACCUGGACGACAAUGUGAAAACAGAGAACGCCUCUCUAUACUUGGCUAUCAUGUACGUUAUGGGAGCAUUAGGUCCUGCAGCAGGAUACCUUCUAGGGGGAGUAUUGAUUGGCUUCUACGUAGACCCCAGGGCCAUAGUUCAGAUUGACCAGAGUGACCCACGCUUUAUUGGAAAUUGGUGGAGUGGAUUUUUGCUUUGCGCGAUUGCCAUGCUCUUAGUUAUAGUGCCAAUGUUCACUUUCCCCCAAAAACUACCACCUCGACAGAAGAAGAAAAAGAAAAUGGGCUCGGGUGAUUCAAAUAAUGAUGAUGAGAUGAUGAAAGAGAAAUCCGACAGCAGAGAACCUAGAAAGAGUGCAGUCGCUUCCUCAAUGGCUUUUGGAAAGGACAUUAAAGACAUUCCCAAAGCUGCUGUCAGGAUCUUGAGCAACAUGACAUUCCUGUUUGUGAGUUUGUCAUACACAGCAGAAAGUGCUAUCGUCACCGCUUUUAUUACCUUCAUUCCCAAGUUCAUUGAAUCUCAGUUUGGCAUCCCAGCAUCUAAUGCAAGCAUUUACACUGGUGUGAUCAUUGUUCCCAGUGCUGGAGUUGGCAUUAUCCUUGGGGGCUACAUAAUUAAAAAGCUCAAACUUGGUGCACGAGAAUCAGCAAAACUUGCUAUGAUCUGCAGUGGGGUGUCUUUAUUGUGUUUCUCUACACUCUUCAUUGUUGGCUGUGAAAGCAUUAAUCUUGGGGGUAUUAAUAUACCAUACACCACAGGCCCUUCACUCACAAUGGCUCACAGAAAUCUAACAGGGGGCUGCAAUGUGAACUGUGCGUGCAGAACCCAUGAGUAUGAGCCUGUCUGUGGAUCAGAUGGGAUCACGUACUUCAGUCCAUGCUUGGCUGGUUGCUCAAAUGUUGUCAAUGAAAGCACAGGGAUGAAGAACUACACUGACUGUGCCUGUGUUCAAAGCCGGCAGGUGAUAACGCCCCCUACGGUCGGUCAGAGAAAUCAGCUCCGAUUGGUCAUUGUGAAAACUUAUUUGAAUGAAAAUGGCUAUGCUGUGUCUGGCAAGUGUGAACGGACGUGCAACACACUGAUCCCUUUCCUGAUAUUCCUUUUCAUCGUCACGCUCAUCACAGCUUGUGCACAACCAUCAGUAAUCAUAGUAACACUCAGGUCUGUAGAAGAUCAAGAGAGACCUUUUGCUCUGGGAAUGCAAUUUGUUCUGUUACGAACCCUUGCUUACAUUCCGACUCCAAUCUACUUCGGGGCUGUGAUCGAUACGACCUGCAUGCUUUGGCAACAGGAGUGUGGUGUGAUUGGCUCCUGCUGGGAAUAUGACGUCACGUCAUUUAGGUUUGUCUACUUUGGACUGGCAGCUGGUCUCAAGUUUGUCGGCUUUAUUUUCAUCUUUGUAGCCUGGUACUCAAUCAAGCAUAAAGAAGACCACUUGCAAAGGUGGCGACGUACAGCCUCACCCAUAAGCACUGUCAGUGAGCUGAUCAGUAACCCAGGGACCCAGCACAACUAUGCACAGACUCAGUCAUGUCCUACCUUUCAAACAAGGGCUGAAGACAAUGAAUAUCGAACUGAUUUUGGACCAGUCCAGCGGGUAGCACAGACAUUUCCUGGGACACUCCAGGAGGCAGGAAAUUUCAAAGCCAAGAACACACUGGAUGACAUUACAGUUCAAUAUUGAUUGAAUUCAAACUUGAGCCACCUUGGGCGUUAAGUUGUCAAACACAAAUACUGAUGGUGGUUUUGAACUUUAGUUCUUUGACAAAAAAAAAACACCCUUUGGGAAGUUUCUCCAGGUAAGCCACAGAACCUGUGCCUUUUUUUUAAGUUUGAAAUGGUGACAUACACCAACCAGAUAAA